GCUUUGUUCAGAGCGUCAUCUCAGCUCCAGUUUCUGUCGCUGCCCAAAGCCUAGCGCUUCUCCCUGCGACAAGGCUCCUUUGUACAGUAUUUGGUAGCCUUCUUGUGGGCUCUGAGGGCAAGACGUGACCUGUGUAAAAAUGUUGCGAUAUUGGGGUGAGAUUCCGGUGUCAUCUAACCAGGCCAACCGCAGCUCCUUUGACCUGCUUCAGCGUGAGUUUAGGACUGUGGAAGUCCAAGAUCCUCCAUUGCACCAGCCAUCUGCAAACAAACCCCGGCCGACCACCAUGCUGGACAUCCCCUCGGAGCCCUGCAGCCUCACAAUUCACACCAUUCAGCUCAUCCAGCACAACAGACGCCUGCGCAGCCUGAUCGCCAUGGCUCAGGCUCAAAACCAGCAGCAAGCAGAGGGCAUAAAAACUGAAGAUAACGAACCUCUACCAUCUUGUCCGGCCUCUCCGCCUCUCCCUGAUGACCUGCUUCCUCUGGAUAGCAAAACCCCCAAAAUGCCAUUUCAGCUGAGGCACAGUGACCCAGAGAGUGAUUUCUACAGAGGAAAAGGGGAGCCAGUGACUGAGCUGAGUUGGUCUUCCUGCCGGCAGCUUCUCUACCAGUCAAUGGCCACCAUCCUGGCUCACACAGGCUUUGAGUGUGCCAAUGAGAGUGUCCUGGAGACCCUGACAGACAUUGCCCACGAGUACUGCUUGAAGUUCACCAAACUGCUGCGCUUUGCUGUGGAUCGAGAAGCUCGACUUGGGCACACCCCUUUCCCUGAUGUCAUGGAGCAGGUCUUCCAUGAAGUGGGCAUUGGCAGUGUGCUCUCACUGCAGAAGUUCUGGCAACACCGCAUUAAGGAUUAUCACAGCUACAUGCUUCAGGUUAGCAAGCAGCUCUCUGAAGAGUACGAGAAGAUUGUCAACCCUGAAAAGGCAGCAGAAGACACAAAGCCUGUGAAGAUUAAGGAGGAACCUGUUAGUGAUAUUACUUUCCCCAUAAGUGAGGAGCUGGAAGGAGAUCUGGCUUCUGGUGACCAGUCUUUGCCCGUUGGAGUCCUUGGAGCUCAAAGCGAGCGCUUCUCUGCCAACUUGGAAGUAGAAGCUUCCCCACAGACUUCAGGCGCUGAGGUGAAUGCUUCCCCACUCUGGAACUUGGCACAGGUAAAAAUGGAGCCACAGGAAAACGAGGAGGCUAAUGUACAUGGCCACGGGGUCCUAGGCAGCGAUGUCUUUGAGGAACCGAUGUCAGGCAUGAGUGAAGCUGGGAUGCCACAGAGCCCCAAUGGUUCUGAAAGCAGCUAUGGUUCUCAUUCUGCUGACAGUCUGAUGGGAUCCUCACCUGUCUUCAACCAGCGUUGCAAGAAAAAGAUGAAGAAAAUGUGAAAAGAGGCAGUCUUUUUAUUUAAUUCUGAUGGUAUGUAAUAGACUUGAAACGAACUAAGAGAGCACUAUGAUGGCUAUGAUUCAUAAACAGGGCUGGCCCUGGUGUAUGAGGGAACUUGCAUAAAAUUACUAUGAGACAUUUGGUGUAUAGUGCACUUCAGCUGCUGGCAGUCUUUGCUGGCUUCUGGACUCAUCCUGACUCAGGAGAUUGAAGAUCACCCUAUACAUUUGAUUGUAUCAUGGCUUGCUUUGGCAGAUUAAUGAGGAAGUUAACAGUGGAAAUAAGUUGUGAGGAGAUUUGCUAAGUCAUAGAAUCAUUUAAUAAUUUGGGUUGAAGGGACAUCUUGAGUUUUCUAGCCUCUAGUCCAGCCCCCUGCUUGAAGCACAGCCUAUUAGUUCAGAUUGCUCAGGGCCUUGUCCACUUGAGUUUUGAAUAUCUCCAAGGAUGGUGAUGCCAAACCUCUUUGGGAAUUUUCCCAUAUUUGACUACCCUCAUAGUAAGAAAAAAUAUAUUCUUGCAUCCAGUUGGAAUUUCCCGUGUUCCAGCUUGUGUUCAUUGCCUCUGUUCUAUCAUUCUUCAUCUCCAAAAAGAGUCUGACUAUGUCUUCUCUAACUCACCCAUUAAAUGGUUGCAUACAAUGAGAUCUCUCUUUAGGCUUUUCUCUUCUUAGGUCUGAAGAAACCAAGCUCCCUCAGCCUUUCCUUGUACUUCCUGUGCUCUAGCCCCCUAAGCUUUGUGGCCUUCCACUGAAAUUGUUGCAAUGCCCUUCUUGUAAGGGUGAGCACAAAAGCAGAUGCAAUCCUCUGGAUACAGUCUCACAAGUGCUGAAUAGGGAUAAAUAAUAAUUUCCCUCAAUGUGCUGGCUGCUAACUGUUGUAGGCUAACCAUUGUAGGCAACAAGACAGUCUUAAGUCACUGGUUGGGGAGCUGUUGCUGCUGCUGACCUUGCACAGGUGCUAUGGAGUGGCGUACAGCACCAUCAGCCACCUCCUUCAGUGCCUUCAGAUGCAUCCUGUCUGGUUUCACGGACUUAGGUAUGUCCAGUUGCCUUACCUUCCUCUACUGUAGGUAACACUCUGCUAGUAGACCCAGGGACCUGACAGGCCUGAAGGCAGACCUUACCAGUGAAGACAGGCAAAUAAGGUGUUAGGUACAUCAGCCUCAAAGUACAAAGUGCAUCCUUUGUCACCAGGUUGCCUGUAUCGUUGAACAGUAAACCCAUGUUUUCUUUAACCUGUAUUUUACUCCCAGUGCGCUUAAAAAAGCCUUUCACAUUACUUACCAGUUUCAACUCCAGCUGAGCUUUGGCUUUCCUAACUGUCCCUGCAUGCUUGGGCUGUGUCUCUAUAUCCCUGCUGGCCAGCCCAUGCUCACUUCCACUUCUCUGUACUUUUCUCUGUUUGAGCUCAGUUAGGAGUUCCUUGAUUGUCUGUGUGGGCCUUCUGUCAUGCCUGCUUUACUUUCUGCUCAUCAGAAAGGACUGUUCUUCUUCUUUGAGAAAGCUAUCUUUGAAGAUAAGGCAGCACUCCUGGGCCCCUUUGGGAGGGCAGGGCAAUCCCUCAUGAGAUCCUGCCAAGGCGUUCCUUGAAUAAAUUGAAGGGUGUUGUCCUAAAGUUCCAGGACUCUGUCUCGUGCACAUUUCUCAGGAUUUUAAAUGCUACAAUUCCAUUUCGGCUGCUGCCGAGACCUUCACAUUCUGCACCAAUUCUUCCUUGUUAGUAACAAGUCCAGCAGAGCUCCUUCUCUAGUUGAUUUCUUGAUUAUCUAGUCAGGGAAGUUGAUGUGGUUUUCUGGAGAGAAUGAAGCAGCUUUUACUACUGAUGUGAGCCAGUACAGGCAAUGCAAACUUCUCCUUUGCUCUUAUUGGAUUGAGUGCAGCAACUUCAGGCUGGCUGAGGUUUCCUAUUCAAAGUUGUUAUCUUGACAACUUAGUCUGAAACAGAAUCUAUUUUGCUGCUUGCUUUUGUGGCUCAGCUGACUGAUGGCAUUUUUUUUGUUCUGCACAAUCCUCAGUUGAUCAACUCAGUCUUUAACUUGAUUCAGUGAGUAUCUCUCUCAAAAAAGCUAGAAUGAACAUGAAUCAAGAAUGAACAGCCACUUAAACUGGCUUUAUACCUGUAACCCAUUGGGAUGUUUGAGAGAGAUUUACCAAACCUCCCAUUUGUCCUUACAAUUGCAACUUUAUCUUUUGAAAGAAUGAGCUCCAGGCAUAGUAUUUUUGUUUCUGUAUAACAUGCCUAGCCUUAAUUCUUUUUCCUUAACUGUAUUUCUCUUCCACUUUAUAGAAGUGGAAGCCAAACAUAAAAUUCCUCAAUGUCUAAUAAGAAUGUGUGACCACAGGCUUUUAUGGACAUUGAAGUUAAAAUUGUCCAUCACAGUUUUAAAGGUUUCUCCUGGGAGGUAAAUUCUAGCUAUUUGAAGCCUAGUGAGUAGUAGAACAGAGGACCAGCGUAUCACAAAAUCCUUAUUUUUACUCCCUUUGAGUCAUCAUUAGGCAUGCUGCAUUGUCCCUGUUUUCUCAGCUGUAAAAAGAGAAUAGUAGUAUUUGCCUCUUAGAAGUGUGAUUGAGAUUGAGAAAUGUAAGUGACCUGUAUGAUACUGGUUUUAAGCAAAACUGCUUAUCAUGAAGAAAUGCAGCACAGCUGUGCUGUUCAACUACCCAGUUACAAGGAGGGUAUUUGGGGUGGUGUCUUCUCACUUGGCUUUAGAUGUCUGCAGCUAAAUUUGUUCCUCUGGACCCCAUUUGCAGCUGAAGAGAAAUAGUAAUUCUUAGGGCAUCUGGCCUUGAAGUAGAAGUGUAAAGCAGGUCAGAUGAAUGGCAGUUUUAGGAAUGGCUAUUUUUCCUUUGUGUGCCCAUAAAGUGAGUUGAACUUGACUACCUCAGCUGAAGACAUCCACACCAUCAGUGUCUGAGUUAAGUGACUUGACUUUACCCUGCCUGUCUGGGAAUCAGAGGAGACUUCCUCCUGCUGUGUUGGUGCUUCUUCUCUUCUACACAUUUUGUAGAGCUUGUUUUGGCCCUUGUGUCUUUGAUACUGUGUGAGAACACCUGUGGGUGGGCCUUUCUCUGUAAAUGCUUUGCCAAACUGUUGUAAAGUAUUCUUGAGGCUGGGGGCACCUGAGUAAAGUCUCUUGCAUUAUUCUCAGGACCUAGAGGACAGAGUGGCUACUGCCAGCAUCGCUUGCUCAUUUGCAAGAUUUCAAGUGGGCUAAAAAUGAAAAUCUGCUGUUCUCCAGGGCUUUGGUUAAGCCUCCUAAGUGUCAGUCUUAAGUGCUUUCUUUGUAUUGCUCAUGUUCUGUGUUACUUUUAAUUGUGUUCUUGUAUUUCACAUCUGUUUUCCACACCCAUUUCACCCUGUAACACACACUCUGCAGCAAGCCAGGUCCAAGUGCUUCAAGUAUAUUUAAAUACAGUGGAAAUUCACCCUCCAUUGAUUCAGCUGUGUCAUUGCAGAGUCAGAGAGAGGUGUUAUUGAUUUAUUUAGGAUGCAUGUUUAUGCAGAGAUGAGAAAUGCAUCAGCAUUGCUUGUACAUUUAAAAAUGAUGACAGAGUAAAAUCUGUACCUCCCGUUCCCCCAUUAUGCCAGUGUUGCUUCUGACAUUUGUGUGCUUGAUGUUUCCUUUCCUGCAUGUGAAAGCUUUACCGUCUGGGUGAGCCUUCCCCUCUGAACAUUUACCAUCCUUAGAUUUACAGUGGUGUUCAUCACGCAUGAAAUAGUGACAUUUCAAAUCUAGCUCACAGAGUCAGGUACAGACAAUAUGCUUUUUGACGAAUCAAAUAAGAUUUUGCUAGGUGUUAAUACAGCCUUGGGCAACUAGUGAGGAGUUUAUUGACCAUGCAAUCCCCAGAUUUCAAGCCACAGAUUGUGCAAUGGGUUGGAAUGAAGCUCAGCUCUUGCAGUUGUAAUUUUUUGCUAGUCGCUGGUAAAGUGUUCUGCCAACCCACUUGCUUCAGCAGUCUGCAAUUUUGUUGGUUCUUUCAUCUUUCUCCCUUCGCUUUCCAAAGGUGGGUGGAUGGCAAAUUGGAAUAUUGAGUAUUGACCAUGUCCAUAUCCAGUAGCACUGAUGUCUGUAGUGAUUUACUUUGCCGUGAUUGAAACUGGUGGGAACUUUGAUAUCAAUUUGGAGAGCAAGAUCUGUGAAUUACUUGGCUUUUGAAGUGUUUUGCAUGGGAAUCAUACAGGAUUGUAGUUAAGAGCACGCUGUGUAUCAUAUUCCUUUUUCCCUCUAGCAAUACCUUUUUAUUCCUUUUGAAGAGUUUUGCCUGGUAUCCAACAAAGUUCACUAUACAAACGACAGGGUAACAACUUUAGUAUACAGCUCUGUGUCAGACUGUGCUACCUAGUGAUUUAAUUCCAAGACCAUCCAUAUUAAUUUGAAUAUGCAUAAUGCUGUGCAGAAAAAGACAUGAUUCCUGCAUAGAAAUUUACAAUUUAAAAAGAAAACAGGAAAAUAAAAUUAGGUAGGGUAGGUGAUGUUAAUCUGAUUAUGGGCUCAAUUCUGAGACUAAAACACAUGUUAUGUGUGAAGGAUGUUUUACUUAAAAUGUUUUUGUACAUGCAUGUGAAUGAAAUAUGUAACUUUGAUUGUGUUUAUAUGGAACAAAAUUGCUGGGAAAUACUUCAGGGUUGGUUUUUUCCUUGCUCUCCUGGAGAGAGUUUCUUUGUAACUUCUAAGAAAAUAAAAUUUUAAAAUUAUUCAGAAAUAAAAAUCCUAAA